GUAUGGCUCAGCUCCACCCCACAGCACCCUGAGGCCCCCCUGCACCUCGCCGGCUUCCACCUGCCCAGCAAGCACAGGCACCCGGGGAAGGGACAGCGUCCGCCCACCCCUGAGAGGAGCACGGCCUCGUCUGAGAGCGAUGAGUUUGGCUCCUUCCUGUACUGGCGAGCGCCCCUGCCCAGCAUCGAGGAGGAGCUGCAGGAGCUGCUGAAAGCUCAGGGCAUCUCUGUGAGCCCCAAGACCACUGAGGAGCACCAGAGCUGUGCUGAGGAAGAGGAGGACAAGGAGGAGAGCGACGACGAGGGCUGGAUCACACCCAGCAACCUGAAGCAGGCCCAGCAGGACAUGGGGUGCUGCGACACCGCUCCCGCUGGCGUCCAGGUCGGCUGCGUCACCACAGACUUUGCCAUGCAGAACGUGCUGCUGCAGAUGGGCCUGCAUGUGCUGGCGGUGAACGGCCGGCUGAUCCGCCAGGCCAGGAGCUACAUCCGGCGCUGCCACGGCUGCUUCAGGACCACGUCGGACAUGACCAAGGUUUUCUGUCCCCACUGUGGUAACAAGACCCUGAAGAAGGUUGCUGUGAGCGUCAGCGACGACGGGACCCUGCACAUGCAUUUCUCCCGCAACCCCAAGGUGCUGAACCCCCGAGGGCUCAGGUACCCGCUGCCAGCCCCCAAAGGGGGUAAGCACGCCAACAACCCCCAGCUGGUGGAGGACCAGCCCUUCCCACAGCAGCGCCUGUCCCGCAAGGCCAGGCAGAAGACCAACGUCUUCGACCCCGAUUACAUCGCGGGGGUCUCGCCCUUCGUGGAAAACGAUGUCUACAGCCGCGCUGCCAACCUGCAGAUCCGCGACGCCGCCCUGGGCGCGGGCAGGAGGCGCCUGAACCCCAACGCCGUCACGAAGAAGUUUGUGAAGAGGAGGUGA